CAAACACAUAUAGACAAUAUUGUACACACAGACACAUACAGCUAAACGCAGACACACAUACUCAAACACAUAUAGACAAUACACACAGACACAUACUCAAACACACACAGAUAACCACGGGUAUUAGGAAGCUGGUGAUCCUUUCAACUAAUUUGCAUUGUGAGUCCACUUUGUUUCGAUUUCCGAAAGAACUAAUUUGAAUAUCAGGUACAGCUGGGUGGGUUUCUUCACUUCUCGUAAGAUGGGUUUGUUUUCAUCUUUUUUUGCGGAGGGGGAGGGGAGGGAUCUUACGAAGUGUAAAGACGGUCGCUAUAGUAACCAGUAGUGGAUACUAUAGCCGCUAUCCACGUCAUAACACGUACAAGCCGAUGUAAUGUGUCUGUGGUUGUUUUUAAAUUGGAAAGUCUACUGGCUGAGCGCUUGUUUAUCUUCAUUUUUUUUCAUAUACUUUUUGUUUCGCGAGGCAGUGUCACUCGCCGGCCGCGGGGGUGUGAUGCUGCAUUUUCAAAGGGAUAUUAACUUUCUCCAGCAUCGAUUUAAGCGACCGCGUAUGUGCCCCAAUGCAGAGUCUAUUGCAGCUAAAAUGCACAGAACCACUCGGAUCAAAAUCACAGAACUCAACCCUCACCUGAUGUGUGCGCUGUGCGGGGGAUAUUUCAUAGACGCCACAACCAUCAUUGAAUGUCUACACUCAUUUUGUAAAACUUGUAUCGUUCGCUACUUGGAGACCAACAAAUAUUGUCCGAUAUGUGACGUACAGGUUCACAAAACUAGACCCCUCCUUAGCAUCAGGGCCGAUAAAACGUUACAAGACAUAGUUUAUAAAUUAGUUCCGGGGCUUUUUAAAGAUGAGAUGAAGAGGCGGAGAGACUUCUAUGCAGCCCAUCCCUCCGCAGAUGUCACAAAUGGUUCAAACGAAGAUCGCGGGGAAGUCACAGAAGAGGAGAAGAGAAUUAUUACAGAUGACGAAAUCAUUAGUUUGUCUUUAGAGUUUUACGAGGGCAACAAAUCAGAAAAGAAAGAGGUCCCGCAGACUGAAGAUACAGAUAAGGCUAACAGUGUACGGUAUCUGCGGUGUCCCGCUGCAAUGACGGUGAUGCAUUUGGGAAAAUUUCUAAGGAAUAAAAUGGAUAUUCCCAGCAAUUUCCGAAUUGACGUUAUGUAUGAAGAUGAACCCCUCAAAGACUACUACACACUUAUGGAUAUAGCGUAUAUUUAUACAUGGAGACGGAAUGGUCCUUUGCCUCUAAAAUACAAGGUCCAGCCAGCCUGCAAACGGUUAAAACUCAGUCACCCGAACGAGGACUUCGCUAACACCAGCAUACACUCGGAGAGUGACUCAGUGAGUGACAAAGGCAGCCCAGCCGCCGUGGCCUCCACAUCAUCGUCGCUGCCGAGCCCCGGCACACCGGCAGUAUCUCCCAACCCGCAGUAUCCAGCCGCAGCUGCCUCGGUGGUGAACGGCAACACAAACUGUCACCAGAUGCCUCCAUCUGUCGGUAGAGGCCGCAAAGUGACUGUUAACGGCUCGGCGGCCCCGGCUUCCUGCUGAAAGCCGGACCCAAACUGAAUGUUCAGCCAACAAAGGAGAAGAGACUCGCCUGUAUAUUAAACACGGCGCAGCCACCAUCACACUGGCUCCUGCGCCGUUUAUUAAAUGUAAUAUAUAUAUAUA